GACUAAUAAAAAAACUGAUAUAGAGAAAGAAAAAUUAGUUGAGACAACUAAAGGAUCAAGGAGUAAGAAAGCCAAAGUUGAAGAUGAGUCUAAUGAAGAAUUCACUUGUAUGACUAGGGGAUCACGAAGUACAAAAACUGAAAAUAAAGAUGAUGAGCCAGUUGAGACAACUAGUAAGGCUACUAGAGGAUCAAGAAGUAAAAAGAUUAAAGUCGAGGAUGAUGAACCAGUUAAAGAAAUUACCAGUACAACCAAAGGAUCAAAAAGUAAAAUCACCGAAGUUGAAAAUGACAAGUCAGUUGAAACAAUGAGUACAACUACAAGAGGAACGAGAAGUAAAAAGAUUAAAGUUGAAGAGGAGCCCAAUGAAAACACCACCAGUUCAACCAGGGGAUCAAGAAGUAAAAAGGCUGCAGAGGACAGUAAAACAGAGAAAAGUGGAACGUCAAGUAAAACGUGUAGAGUGAAUAAAGACAUUGACGAUGAAGAAAACAUUUCUUCUUUAAGCAAUACAAGUGAAAAUAAUAAUGAGACUAAAGUUGAAUCAGUAGUAAUAUCUAAAUCAACUCGAGGGAAACGUGGUGCUCAGAAAGAACUUAGUGAGGAAGUUCAGGUUAAAAAAGGGAAAAAAGAUGGGAUUAAGCUAGAGGCUCAAGUAAAGUUAGAAGAGGCCCCCAAGGCAAGGUCAUCCAGAGGGAGGAAGUCGGAGAUGCCACCCCCUGCUCCAGCUGCUACUGGCAAAGUGAGGAGACAGAGAUCUGCAGACAGCAUCUCCAGCAGUCAG